GCGGAAGAGAAAGAAAAUGGUGACAUUUUAUGUGAAGAGGUGGAUCAGCCAUCGACCAGCAAAGGUAUUCGAGAUAAUGAAAAUCCAUAUGAAAUUGUCGAUACAGACGAAAGUGGACCAAAGCGCAGGAAGCCUAAAAUCACGAAAGUAAUUGAUGAUUCUGCCCCAUCAACAUCCACAUGGUACCCAGUUGUUGUCUCACUUGGCGACACGGACCGCCCCAGAUCAACUUCUAUCAGCAAAGCCUCCGAUGAUAGAGUUGGAGGGGCCGAUAUCAAGGUGGAAAUCACGAAAUUCCUGGAAGAGUUGAUUGAAAAACAUCCUGAGACACUUGACGUUAUUGAAAAUGUCCGUCAAAGUAGACUAGGACGAAGCACUGCUUCGCAUCGCGUUCCGCAGAUGUUAAGAGCACCCACGAGACGCCGAUCUUCCUCAUCCUCGGUAGCUGCGUUGUCAGAUAUGGCCCUCAAGGAUGGUACACAUGUUGCUGCAGGGCAUGAAGAUACCUCACAAGGAGCUGUGCAUUCAUUUCAAGACGCAGAUGGAAUGUGGUGGACGUAUGCUUUUGACGAACAUGGAGUAGGAACAGCCCAACCUCUUGGCUCCGGAAGAGCUCUCAUGGAGCUGCUACAGGGAACUCAAGACCCUCCUUUGGGCAGAAAUCGACUGGAUGUUUUACCGGAAUCUGCAUAUGUAAGCAGCGAAGAAGAGAACGAGCCAUGUUCCUCUCAGGCUGCUGCGAAUAUACCGGGAAUUAGCGUUGGAAGCACCAGACAUCAAAUGGUAUCGUUUGCAAAUGUGGCUUCAAGAUUACGGGCAGCUGUUCGUCAGACUGAUGGCUUGGCGAUUGGAGGUCCAGAUGGAUCUGACAUAGCAUCGAAUCAAUUUGCAAGAAGCAUUCUGGAGCGUAGAGAAGGGCGAGGGAGAGAGGAUAGCGCACCAACAACAUAUCAGGAAAGCUUUCUUACACGUUUGGACUCUGGCUCUUCAACGGGUGGCGGAAUGACAUCUCGAUUCCGAUUCCUAUCUGAACUUGGCUUAGCAGUACUUCCAACGGGCGGAACUAAUACAGCGGCAGUUUCUGUUGAUUACUCGGCACCACCUACUCGACGCACGUCAACU